GGUGCAGAGUAGGGAGAGGAGCGUUGCAUUCACCGUCACGUACAAUACAGUUCCCUUACUGCAGCCUUCAUCCACUGGGCAAUUUUCGGGGUGGCGAAAUCUUUGUCGAAUCACGCUCUCUGCGGUGGAACGUAGCAAGUCUGCGCGUGGGUCUUCUCGCACUGUUGUAGGGGAAGGAUGGCGGCGGUAGCGGUGGCAGGACGAACAACAACAACAGCAGAGCCCGCCGCUGGAAAGGGUGCAGGAGCAAUGGCAGCAGCUUCUUCCGGGCGAGAUCUCGGGGUGCACUCGUACUACCAGGGGAAAAUCGACGAGAUGGAGCUGGUGGUGAGGGAUCGGACGCAGAACCUCGAGCGGCUCAAGGCGCAACGCAACGAGCUGAACGCCAAGGUCCGGCUGUUGCGAGAGGAGCUGCACCACCUGCAGGAGUCGGGAUCGUACGUGGGGGAGGUGGUGAAGGCCAUGGGGAAGAAGAAGGUCCUGGUGAAGGUGAAUCCCGAGGGAAAGUACGUGGUGGACAUCGACAAAGACAUCGAUGUCAACAAGUGCACGCCCAACACGCGCGUCGCCCUGCGCAACGACUCGUACGUGCUCCACAAGAUUUUGCCGACUAAGGUGGACCCGCUGGUGAGCCUGAUGAAGGUGGAGAAGGUGCCGGACUCAACCUACGACAUGAUCGGUGGGCUGGAAAAGCAGAUCCGUGAGAUCAAGGAAGUAAUCGAGCUGCCAAUCAAGCAUCCGGAGCUGUUCGAGUCGCUGGGCCCCAAGGGCGUCCUCUUGUACGGACCCCCAGGGACGGGGAAGACGCUUCUGGCACGGGCCGUGGCACAUCACACCGACUGCACCUUCAUCCGCGUGUCGGGGUCGGAGCUGGUGCAGAAGUACAUCGGGGAGGGGUCGCGCAUGGUGCGCGAGCUGUUCGUCAUGGCGCGAGAGGCGGCCCCAUCGAUCAUCUUCAUGGAUGAGAUCGAUUCCAUCGGCAGCAGCCGGGUGGAGGGCAGCGAGGGGGGGGACUCGGAGGUGCAGAGGACGAUGCUCGAGCUGCUCAACCAGCUCGAUGGCUUUGAGCCGACGCAAAACAUCAAGGUGGUGAUGGCGACAAACCGCAUCGAUAUCCUCGACCCCGCCCUCCUGCGGCCCGGACGUAUCGACCGCAAGAUCGAGUUCCCGCACCCCACGCUCACGUCGCGCAUGGACAUCAUGGGCAUCCACUCGCGCAAGAUGAACCUGUUGCGCGGCAUCGACCUCAAGGUCAUCGCGGAGAAGAUGCCGAGCGCCUCCGGUGCGGAGUGUAAGGCGGUGUGCACAGAGGCGGGUAUGUUCGCGCUACGGGAACGACGCAUCCACGUGACGCAGGAGGACUUCGAGAUGUCGGUUGCGAAGGUCAUGAAGAAGGACAGCGACAUGAACAUGUCCAUCCGCAAGCUGUGGAAGUAGAUGGAAGAUCGAUUUUUUGCACUGGGAGGCGACUAGUUGUGUUUCUUUCCUUCCGUCAUGGCUUGCGUUUUGUGGCUGAGUUGGUUUUCUUGAUGCCUUGGAGAGAAAGCGCCUCGUUUGGUUCAUUGUUCGGCUUGAAGUUGUGUGCAGCUUUCGUCUGGUCGUGGCAGUAUUGAUCGAGAUAUUGGUGGACAACCGCAGUUAGAGGAGAACGGGCGUUGUCGUGUUUGUGCCUUGAAAGAUGGGUCGCAACACUACUGUUUUUUCGAGGUUUUGUCGUCAUUUUUUUUGCGCAAGCCCAUCGGGGUGUUUGCGUCCGAGCUGUCCUUCGGGAUCUAGCUUUCAUGAUGGCGGUUCCGCGUGUUGAGCGAGAUGAACCAGCAGGCUGUACUGUAGCAGCGACGAGUAUGCGUAUGUUGCAUGGCUCUCGGGGGCGGCGACAAGAAAUCUGCGCGGAGUUGCGAUGUGCAAAACCAGCUCGUUGUUACCCCAGCAAUAACGCCUACAAGAAACGCCAAACGUUUGCGGCGUUCGGGCUUGACCGACAGUUGAAAUAACAAGAAAAACAUAGAAAAAUAUGACACUCUAAGGCGUGGUUGAUUAUUUGGGCGCGAAACGCGAUGUGUCCGAGCGCUCAUGUGGGUCUGGCGGAAGCAUGUGCUAUCUUAUGACGCCAUCUGUCGAAAGGCGGAUGCGUUCGCUUUUUUAUUUUUUUAGCCCUCCACAAAUAUGAGUCCGAGCUAGAUUAGCAAUGAAUUCAUAGUGUUGAAGUUGAACCUCAAACGUAUGUGUAGAAGAAUUCCUGCUUCAUUGCGAUCAAGACACCUCCACAAACGCGAGGCACCUCUCAUGACAGCAGUCUCGUCGUCAACCACAGCAGUGCAAGUGCCCAACGUAGCGCGUAGCGUCGGGGGCACACGCGCUCACGAGGGAGAUACACACCCCAUUGGGACAGGUUGGUUCUGUUUCGAGUGACGGAGCUCCGGUGCUUGGUUCUCAGGAGGGCACGGGGAUUGCAAUCCCAUACACCUAUGCUAAUAAAUCACGAUAAGGCGAAAUCCUGGGGGAGGGGGGGUCGUGGUGUAGUUUUGAGGGUAUGUGUGGCCGCACGGGGCCCCUCCGAUGCCGUAUUUUGACCGCCUUUUGUACCUUCGUUUUGUCCGAUAUAGUCUGUGUCAUGAGUCGCGAAGGGCUGUGCGCGAUGGUGUUGUAUCGGGUGACGCCUGAUUUUUCAGGGGAAAAACACUUUCAUUUGUCUUUGCCUUGUAGCCAAUAAAUAUUGGUAGACC